GUCGUCGUCGUCGGCAGAUGAACAAAAAAAAUUUUUCAGUGUCUUAAAGUCUUGUCAGUCGUAAAAUUUUAUCUAAAUUUCAAUCUUAACAUUAAUUCAAAUAAAUAAAACAUUAAUUACCAGCUGUAAUUUCCGUAAAGGUUUUGUAAAAUAUAUAUACCUAUAUAUAUGUAUAUAGAUACAUAUAUAUUUAUUAACUAUUAAAAAAAAAUGGCAACAAAUAAUGUCAUCACCGAGUCGCAAUAUUUUCACGAGGACAUCGUCUACAGAGUCGACAAAAAAGGUAACGUCGAGUUUGGGAUUGUCAUGGAGAAUGAUGAUCAGGACAUGUCAGAGGAGAGUGAGGACAGCGAGGGUGGUCCUAAACGUAAGAAAGGGGAAAUUAGGGUCGUCUGGCACCCGUCAGGUAUCAAGGAACUCAUCAACUCCAAAAAGGUUCAUUUAGCAGACAGAUCACUGAUGCCCGGUGACGUAGUGAGACGGAUGAUAAAAGGGAAAGACACACAGAGAGGUUACUGUCGGGAUAUUGAGCUGACAGCUUGCGUCCAAGUAAUUGGGACCAAGCAAGUGCUGACCAACAUCAAGAGCGAGGAUCUGACACCGCUGGAAGAAUUCGGGACAGAUAUCGCAGUCUGUAUGGACUCCUGGGUAGGUGGUAUCAGAAUGGUCCAUUUUAAACUCUGGUUGGCGACUCCAGAUGGUUCCCAGUGUGUGAUUAAUGAAAUGGACGCUCAGGGACUGGCACACUUUGAAGAAAAACGGGAUCAUGAUAACGAUUUUCCUCACUCGUCGGAGUUCUAUCCGGGACAGUGUCUCUGGGGGCCGAUACAGUGUCUCGAGGACGCUGAGUGGAUUCAAUGCUCGAAGGAGAUGCUGUCAAAACGUAAAUUCAAGCCACAGAAAAAGACCAAGAUAAUUGUGCAGGAAGUGAAGGCCGACUGGGUUGGGGUACACUGGCAGUGUCGUGCGUACUCAAAAGAUGGGGCUUGGUCGGAUCAGGCCCAACCAAAGUUUCUCGUUGAAGGAGCCGACUUGAAAAAGCUCAAGCUGCUCAAUGUUUUUGAGCCUUCGACUCUCCAGGUGGGGGACCGGGAUUUUUAUAUCUACAAGGGCACCGAGAAUGUGAUAACGAGGGAACAGUGGCGCAAACAGCAGCGAGAACUCUUUCAAGUCCCCAAGCCUAGUCCGAGAAAAUCCCGAGCUAAAGUUGAGGACAAGAUUAAAAAAGAUUUAGAUAAUAGGAAGGAUUCACGGGAUCCAAGUGUACAAAACGGUAACAAUUUGAUGCCUCCGAAUCAGAACCACGCGGGCAAUACUGAAAGCUCUGACGACUGGGACACUGAGGACACCGGAAGUCAAAGCGACACUUUGUCAAUGUCCAGUGGAGCUUCCAGUCUUUCUUCGAUGGGCAAAAAGAAAAAGGGACCGGCUCUGAUGACCAAAGUGUUAAAGAAAAAAAAACUUGUAAAAGCCAAAAGGAAAAUUCCACCGGCUCCUUUGAUCCCCGGGUCGUCAAUCGUCGUGGAGACCCUCUCGACCAACACCAAGGCCAACGUUGUAUGGCAAGACGGCUCCGUCGAAUUGGGGAUACCUUCCACUCAACUCUAUCCCAUUCAUCAUCUAGACGACAAGGAAUUUUUUCCCGGAGACUUCGUGGUUGAUCAGAAAGAAGAGUCGCGCAUGUACGGAGUUGUCCAGAGUGUCGAUCAUCAAGGUAGGACAGCUAAAAUAAAGUGGUUCCGCACUUACACCUCCAGUCAAUCUCCACAACCGACUCUGCUUGACGAACGAGAAGUUUCGGUCUACGAUUUGAAAGAUCACCCGGAUUUCCAGUACCGCCCGGGGACGUUGGUGAUACGAAUUGCUAAUUUUGAAGGGGAGGAUGCUGGUUGUACUGCUGGACAAGUGCUCGAUAAUUAUCCGGAGGGUUCCGUUAAAGUUUGGUGGGUCGACGGACAUGUCAGUAUGUGCUGGCCCCAGGAUUUGUACAAAGUAGGGGAAUACGACAGCGACGAACGUGAGCUCUGGGACGAAGUUUCAUCAGACGCUUCCUGGGAAACGGAGCUGGAAGAUUGUUUUAUUGCCGACAAUGACGGAAGUGAGCAGACAGAAAAUAUAAAACCGAAGCUGGCUGCUCAUAUUGAGAAGGCCAGGAUCGCGAUGUCCAGGUUGGAAGAAAUUUUUACUCAGAAUCCAGCUCUGCAGACUACUGAAGUGAUGCGAAAACUCCUAGAAGUUUAUAAAGACUGCCGUUACAUGGACAAAUUAAUGGGAACUUGUUUCUUUCACGAGAGCAAUUUCCAGGGUCUGCUUGAGCGCGUGAGAGAACGCGGGCGCGCUAAUGUUGCUCAGAGGAUGGCUGAUCAGGUCACCAGGUUGUUUACUCACCAGUCAGGUGGAUCGGAGUCUGAGGACGGUGACAAUAUUGAGAACACUGCGGGUGCACUAGAAAAAAUAGCGACGACGUUACGCGACGUGGAAGCUUGCGCUGGAAAUCCAACGAACCCUCAUCCAACAGAAGACUCGGGACUCUUUUCAGCAGAACACUCUAAGAAAGGGUCCGGGUCCAGUGAGUCCAGUGGAGAGUUUCCUCUCGAUGAUCGCUCACCCGCACCGGAUGUCAGUCUAGAGGAAAACGGACAGAGAACCCGUGAAACAUUUUCCAACUCUCAUAUUGCCAACUCCCAUGUCUGCGUUAAAUUGUGCACGUUAAUAAAAGCUCAGUUGCUAUUAGCUCAUGCCGAAGUAUCAAAGCGAUUUGGUCUAGGUCGUAUGUCAUUGUCUGACGCAGCCAAAAACGGUUCGCCCCAGAAAGAACUCAAGGAAGAGACCAAGGGAGAAAAAGGUCAGCAGAUUGAAACUAUUGCUCUAGACUCGUCAUCGUCGGACAUUGAGAUACCACCACCGAUUUAUUCCGACGGCGAGGGAUUCACGAUAGAGGAAAACGCACCAGACAGUCAUAAAUUUAAGUUGACAAUGUUCCAGCCAACAGAUCCAGCAAACUUUUUCCGCACUGUCUCCAAGGAACUUAAGCUCCUGCGCAGUUCACUGCCACCGGGGAUCUGGGUCAAAGGUUUUGAAGACCGGAUAGAUUUGUACAGCGUCAUGUUCCGAGGCCCGGAAAAAACUCCUUACGAGGACGGUUUGUUUUUAUUUGACUUCCAACUGUCCGCGGACUACCCAACAGCGCCCCCGCUUUGCCACUACAUCUCUUACUGCAGCGACCGUCUGAACCCAAACCUCUACGAAGAUGGAAAAGUCUGCGUGAGUCUGCUGGGCACUUGGGCCGGCCGUGGAACAGAAGUCUGGACCAGCGCCUCGACUCUCCUUCAAGUGAUUGUGUCUAUUCAGGGCCUGAUUCUGGUCUCCGAGCCGUACUUCAAUGAGGCCGGAUUUGAAAAACAAAAGGGCUCGCAGCAAGGCCGCGAGAACUCGAGGAUGUACAAUGAGAUGGUGGUGCUGAAGCUCGUUCAAGCUCAAACAAAAUUACUCCAGCAUCCGCCUUCGGUUUUUAAAGACGCAAUUAUUGAACAUUUUCAAAAGAAUGCUGAGAAAUUGCUACAGAGACUCGAUACCUGGAUGGAAAUUUCAGAGCAGCACAAUAAUCAGCAUCCAUUGUCGCCACUUACUCCCAACAGCUUUAAAGACUUUACAAAAAUAGAUGAAAAAAUUCUACCAGAAUUUCCACUGGUGCCAGCGUCAAAGGGAUUCUGCAUAACGUUAAGAAAAACACUAGCGACAUUCAAACAAGUAUUAAUUAAAGAAGGAAUACUCCGUAACAUAAAAUUACCAUCAACGGAAAGUACUCAGGAGAGUAACAAGUCCCCGGCGGACUCAAAGAGCGAUACCAAAGACACGAUAAAUAAUUUUAUUACCACCGAGUACGUCAGCAUGAGCGAAACGAAAACGGAUGUCGCGGAUAAAAACUCCAGCUAGCCACAAGGUAACUUCGAUUAUUUAGAAUACAAAAAUUACGCGGCUAUUCGGUAAUAAUUAACCGAUUAAACAGUAACAAUAAUAAUAAUAAUAAUAUUAAUAAAUAAAUUAACAAUAAAAUAAAUAAUUUAAAAAAUGAGAGAGCUAAAGUAUUAGAUAUUUUUAAAAUUCACUCGAGUGAAUUAUUUGAAUAAUUAGAAAGAAAAAUAAUCUCUCUUUUCUUAUUAUUCAAAUCUCAAUAACUAAACCGUUGACUUUUAUUCUGAGAGAUUUUAAAUCAGCACACUUUAGUAGAAAUAAUUAAAGUUUGCGCAUUAAAAUAAUUAAUUAAUUUUUUAGUGGUAAAAAAUUUUUAGUCAUUAAAUAAAUAAAAUCGCAAAGCUUUUUAGUGAUAAUUAGUCAUCAAAUUGAUAAAUAUUUAAAAUACAUAUAUGUAAUGAUACAAAUAAAUUUAUUAUAGAAACCCAAAUAAUAAUAAUAAUAAUAAUAAUAAUAAUAAUAAUAAUAAUAAUAAACUUUUAGCAAUACGUUGGAUGCCCGCGGGCGUAAUCUUGGUGAUAAAAUUUUAAAUAAAAAAUAAUAUUGAUAAAUAUAGAGGAAAUAAAAAAUGCAAUAAAUUAUUGAUAUUUAAUCGGCUCAUGUCUUUAUAUAAAUCUAUUUACAGUUUUAUUUAUUAUUAUUGUUAUUAUUCAUUUAAAUUGAUUUUUUUUAAAUAUUUAUUGUAACCGUACUGUAAAAAAUUUGCGGAGUGAAAGCGGAGUAAAUAUCGAACGGAUGGCUGUUUUUUUAUUUAAUCCCUUCGGAGUUGAAUUUUUUCUAAGCUGUUAAUUUUUAUAUUAAAACUCUGAAUUGAAGUGAAUGUGGAUUUAAAUGAAAUUCAGAUCACUGACAUCAUUUAGUUGAAAAUACAAACUCCCUACUUAUUAUGUUUACGGAUUUAUUUUUUGAACAAACUUCGAAACUCUGUGACGGAGUAAAUUUUUGUGAAAAUUCCAAAACUCCAAGUAAUUAAGGAAAUUUUUGUAAAAACUCCGAAAUUCUGAGUUACGAAGUAAAUUCAAAUUUAAAUAAAAUCCGUAGUAACUCCGAAUUCACUCCUAAUUUUUUACAGUCUACGAAACUGAUAAUUGUAAUAAUUGAGGAGGUAAAAUAUGUAACACCGUAAAUACACCGAAGUAAUUAGAUGCCAUCCAAUUGUCAAAUACGAACAAUGAAGAUUGAGAAUAUAAUAAUAAUAAUAAUAAUAAUUAUUUAUGUAUCGAUAAAUAAAUGAAUAUUGUGGAGUGUCAUAGAGUGAUUAGCGCAUAGCUUUAGACUGUAAUUAUAAAAGUAUUAAAUAAUAUUAAUUAAUUAAUUUAUUAAUUACGCGAGUAUACGUGAAUAUAUUUGUAAAGAAUUUUGGAAAAAACUAAUAAGCAACCAAAGACGAAGAAAAUAAACUAAUAGUAGAUAUUAAUAAACAAAAGGAUUUGCAAAUAUGUCUAGUGAGUAUUAAAGUCAACGGAUGGUUUGUUAUUUUGUUUGAUUAAUAAUUAAGCUGAUGCUUUUUCUUCACGACUAACCGGAAGAUUAUCGCCGACAAAUUUCAGUAUUUUUAGUUUACUAAUUCAAUUAUUUAAAUUAAACCGUUAAAGUUAUUAGGUUUAAUAUUCAAAUUUAAAUUGUCUGUGCAUUUUAAAUUUUAAAAUGUUAACUGAAAUACUCAGUAUUAUUUGUUAAUUAAAAAAGAAUUUUUUUUUUAAUUUAUAUGCACAAUAAUUAAUAUUGAAUUAUAAAAAUAUAUAAGAAUGUGGUGCUGAGUAGAAAAUAUGAAAUAAUUCUGCUUAUUUAAUUACUGGGGUAAAUUACUCUCAGUUUUUGUUAUAUUUUUUUUUUUUUUAGAAAUUUAUAUGCUGCAAAUUAAAAAAAUUUUUUUUUGGGUUCAAUAGGAAUGAAAUUUAAUUUACAUUCUAAUUAAUUAUUAAAAUAAAAUAAUUAUGUUAAAAAAAUAUAAUUUGGGGGCUGGUUAUUGCACAGAAAAAAAAUUUCUCGAGCUAAGAAAUUUUUUUGUGGGAACUUAGCCUUGAAAUUAUUAUUUUUCAUUUAAAUAAAUUAUUUAAGUUAAGGACUGAUGGAAUGUGAUUUAUUGGGAUGCCUUGUACACUCUGUGCCAGCUAUUUAUACUUAUAUUAUAUUUAAAACUGUUGAAUUUAUUACAACCGCUCUAUUUUAUCGCUAUUAUUUCAUUUCGCAAAUUAUAUUAAUAAUAAAUAAUAAUAAUAAUAAAUUAAUUAAUUAAAUAAACAAUGCAAUUGAAAACUAAGAAAGUUAAGAGUAAUAAAAAUUAAUCAGUGCUCCGUUAAUGCUUUAUUUAAUAAAUUUAUAUAAAUAUAUAUAUAUAUAUAUACAUAUAUAUAAAUAUAUAAAUAAUUAAACAGGAUUGAUUAGACUGUAAUCCCGUUCCUCAGUUGAAUAAAAAUCGUCUGACGAUAAAAAACUGUAUUCAUUUUAUUUUAUUUUGUAACAUUUAGGCAUCCGGUCUCAUUUUUUCCACUAAAGUUUUAUCUCAUGUGUUAUCAAGAUAACGUCCUCCCUGUUAUCAAGCCCGUUAUCUUCCUGAAUCAUUCUCCAUCCAUUUUUCCUUCUCAGUUCACUCCAAACUUGUUGUCCGCAAUUUUAAUAAAAAUGUUUAACAAAAAAAUUAUUCUCUACCUGGCCAUCGGAUUCCUGGUGCUCGGUUGCUUUAUCAAUGAGGUCGAGGGUCGUCGUAAAAUUUUACGUGGAAGAAAAACUAUAACACGACAGUAUUACC